CCUGUCGUUGCAAUGUCAACAAUGCACAAAUGAAGAUUUCGAAAUGGAUGUACAAUCUUUCAAAAAGUAACAGUUGAUUAAUAUUAUAAUGUGAUUAGCUGUCAUUAGAUAAGUUGUUGGUACGUUUGUUCAACAACGAAACAGACUGUCAUGUCGGAUAAAAAAUCAGCCAGAUAUGGAAGAGAGAAAAGUCAAGACUUGAAAGAUUUUUUUAGAAGUGUCAGACUUGGUGAUGUUAAGUCUAUCAGUCAUUCCAUAGAAGGCAAGGGCAUCAAUGUUAAUACUACUGAUGAUUGGGAUAAUACUCCUUUGUAUUUGGCUUGUUUGUGUGGACAUCUGAAUGCUGUCAAAUACCUGCUCCAGAAUGGAGCAAGAUAUGACACCAAUAGUGUAGAUAGUCAGAGAUGCUUUCUGUCUUCUUUAACUAAUGACAUCAGACAAGUUUUGAAGCAGUAUGAAUGUUCCUUGAUUGUGGAAAGUACAGAUCUGAAAUAUGUAGAGUAUUUACAACAGUUAUAUGAGAGACAACCAGGAUAUGACAUUGAACUUGAAAUCCAAGGUCAACUAUAUUUAGCACAUCGUUGUAUUUUAUCUGUGAGAUGUAGAUACUUUGCUGAUCUGUUUUGUAAUAGUACCAAUGACAGGAUAGCAUUAUCACAUAAACUUAUAUGUGCUGAUGUUUUUGGACCAAUUCUUCGUUUUAUUUAUACAGGUCGAUUGGACAUUGAUAAAAGACAGAGAGAUAAGACAAUAGCAUUAGCUAAGUUCUUACAGUUUAACAGUUUAGCUGAAAUCUUAGAAAGAGAUAAAAGUUUUCUUUCAAUACAACAUCAGCAACUUUUGAAAGACUUAAAGAAAGAUUUUGGUUGCUUAGUAACAUCAGCAGUAUCACCAUCUGUAGCAGUUCAGAAUGAAGCUUGUGGUUUGGAUGUUAAAACAUACCCAGAUAUUAUAUUUGAAGUUCAAGGUCACUCAUUUAGGUGUCAUAAGAUAUUUUUCUAUGGGAGAAGUGAAUUUUUCCGAGAAAUGCUGAUUGAUAAAGAAGACGAGCAGCCACCAUCCUAUGGCGAUUAUCUCCCUGCCAUUAAAUUAGACAAUAUCACAGCUGAUGUAUUUAUACAGAUUAUUUCCUUCUUGUAUACUGAGGAAUAUGAGGUAACCAAGGAAACUUGUAUCCCACUAAUGAGAGCAAGUUCUCAAUUUGUACUACCUGUGAUAAAGAAGAAAUGUUCAGAGGAAAUCCACAAAUAUAUUGACCCUAGCAACGUCCUUGACAUCUAUCAAACUUCUGUGGAAUUGGAUAUACCACGUCUUAUUAACAGUUGUACAAAGUAUAUGGCCAAUGAAUAUGAACAGAUGAUUACAUCUCCCGAGUUUGAGAUGUUUAUUAGAAAACAGUUAUCUCCCCUAAUGAAUGAAGGUACACCAUUUGAUCAAAUUUCUUUCUUCAUGGAUUUCCAAUAUUACCUCCGACAUGAAUGUUCAACAUGGGAGGAACAGAGAACAGCCAAUGAAAAACUCCAGAAACUAAAUUAUCUACUAACGCAUAGAAUAGGAUUAGAUGUCAGUAUACCCCUGUUCCAGAUCGGUCACUCAAGGCCAGAACCUGUCAUUGUUGUUGGUCAUCGAGUUUUAUCCAAAGAGGAAGUUAGACAAAGGACGGAUGACACGUACCGCAAGCAACGACAGCAGGAAGAGGAAAAGAAAAAAAGAGAGAUUGCAGAGGAAGUCAGACGUAGGAGGGAAAAUGAGGAAUUGAAGUGCAGACAGGAAGAGGAUGAAAAAAAUAGAAUAAAGAAUGAAGAGAAAGAAAGACUUAGGAAAGAAUAUGAAGAAUUGAAUCACAGACUGGAAGAAGAUGAAAAGAAUAGAGAACAGAUUGUACCACUGUCUCAGGGUAGAAAAUCAGCCAGAUACGGGAGACAGAUGAGUCAAGACUUGAAAGAAUUUUUUAGAAGUGUCCGACUCGGUGAUGUUAGUGCUAUCAGACGUUCCAUAGAAGGCAAGGGGAUUAAUGUUAAUACUACUGAUGCUUGGGAUAAUACUCCAUUGUACUUGGCUUGUUUGUGUGGACACCUCAGUGCUGUCAAAUAUUUGCUACAAAAUGGAGCAAGAUAUGACACCAACAGUGUAGAUAGUCAGAGAUGCUUUCUGUCUUCUUUGACUAAUGACAUCAGACAAGUUUUGAAGCAGUAUGAAUGUUCCUUGAUUGUGGAAAGUACAGAUCUAAAAUAUGUAGAGUAUUUACAACAGUUAUAUGAGAGACAACCAGGAUAUGACAUUGAACUUGAAAUCCAAGGUCAACUAUAUUUAGCACAUCGUUGUAUUUUAUCUGUGAGAUGUAGAUACUUUGCUGAUUUGUUUUGUAAUAGUACCAAUGGCAGGAUAGUAUUAUCACAUAAACUUAUGUGUACUGAUGUUUUUGGACCAAUGCUUCGUUUUAUUUAUACAGGUAGAUUGGAUAUUGAAAAAAGACAGAGGGAAAAGACAAUAGCAUUAGCUAAGUUCUUACAGUUUAACAGUUUAGCUGAAAUCUUAGAAAGAGAUAAAAGUUUACUUUUGAUACAACAUUGGCAACUUUUGAAAGAUUUAAAGAAGGAUUUUGGUUGCUUAGUAACAUCAGCAGUACCUUCAUCUAUAGCAGCUGAGAAUGAAGCUUGUGGUUUGGAUGUUAAUACAUACCCAGAUAUUAUAUUUGAAGUUCAAGGUCACUCAUUUAAGUGUCAUAAGAUAUUUUUCUAUGGGAGAAGUGAAUUUUUCAGAGAAAUGCUGAUUGAUAAAGAAGAUGAGCAGCCACCAGCCUAUGGCGAUUAUCUCCCUUCCAUCAAAUUAGAUGAUAUAACAGCAGAUAUAUUUGUCCAGAUUAUUUUGUUUUUGUAUACUGAAGAAUAUGAGGUAACCAAGGACAAUUGUAUCCCUCUAAUGAGAGCAAGUACUCAAUUUGUACUACCAGUCAUAAAGAAGAAAUGCUCGGAGGAAAUCAGUAAAUACAUUGACCCUAGCAACGUCCUUGACAUCUAUCAGACUUCUAUGGAAUUGGAUAUCCCACGUCUUAUAAACAGUUGUACAAAGUAUAUGGCUGAUGAAUAUGAACAGAUGAUUAUGUUCCCCGAGUUUGAGAUGUUUAUUAGAAAAGAGUUAUCUCCCCUAAUGAACGAAGGUACACCAUUUGAUCAAAUUCCUUUCUUCAUGGAUUUCCAAUUUUACCUCCGACAUGAAUGUUCAACGUGGGAGGAACAGAGAACAGCCAAUGAAAAACUCCAGAAACUGAAUUAUCUAUUAACACAUAGAAUAGGAUUAGAUGUCAGUAUACCACUGUUUCAGGUUGGUCAAACAAGGCCAGACCCUGUCAUUAUUGUUGGUCAGCAAGUUUUAUCCCAACAAGAAGUUAGACGUAGGAUUCAAAAUGAGAAACGGAUGUGCAGAGAGGAGGAGGAUAAAAAAAAUAGAAAAAGGAUUGUACCACCGAUUCAACCUGUUAUUAUUUCUGGACGGCAAAAUUUAUCCAUAGAGGAAGAAACACAAAGGGGUGAAAAUGAGCAUAGAAAAAAGGGAAAUAUAAAUACUUGUUGUUUUGGCAGAAGAAACUCUAAAUCAUGUAUAAUCCUGUAGCUUUGAUACUCAUUAAUGAUCAUUAUAAUUUGAUAGUUUGUACAUAACAAUAAGUGGAGAUAGCAUAAUUUUAUAUUCAGCUAAGCUGAGGCUGUGUGAUCCCUCUGAAUUUUAAGAUAAUUGGAAGAAUUAUAGAUUGAAGAUGUAUCAUGAACUAACCAUGUGGUUUAUAAAUUGCAGGAAGAUAAAACAGCAUUUUAUUAUCUGCCACCAACUUUUGACAAUGUCAUGUAAUUUAUCUUUAGAUUGAAAAGAAGGGUCUAACUGCUACUUAAUUUUAAAUUUACACUUGUAUAUAAAUCCCUUGUAAAUCAAAAUUUAUGAAAUAUAGCUACUUGUGUCUAUUUUUCAAGAUGUACAUAGACAACAGUUAGCAACACAGGUUAAUUUAUUGAGCCCUUUGUUUAGUCUUGUGAUAUAUACCUCUUGUGACUGCAAAUCCUCUAAAACAGGUAGGUCUUUUAUUUAAACAUGAAAAACAUACUGAACAAGAAUGUGUCCCCAGUACACAGAUGCCCCUAUCCUUUUCUAUGUUCAGUGGACCGUGAAAAUGGGGGGAAAUCUCUAAUUUUGCAUAAAAGUUAGCAAGAUCAUAUCAUAAAGAACAAGUGUAUUAAGUGUCAAGUUACUCACUGUAGAUUGAUAAAACACAAAAGGUGAGGAAAAGCCUGUGGUUACAAUUUUGACAUUAUUUUACACCUUGCUGUCUUAAUCAUGUAAGGCAAACCUCAAGUUCAAAUCCCCAGCAAGUUGUACAUGUAUGUAUUACAUUCAAAAGUACCUUGACCAAAACUUUAAUCUGAACGAACAAAUGAAAGAACGAACGGAUGGACGGAAUAAUGGAUGCACAGACCAGAAAACAUAAUGCCAAUAAUUGGGGCAUAAUGAAUGGGGCAUAAUAAAAGGGGCAUAAAAUUUUCAGCAAUUCAAUAAAAUAGCUUACCAAUGAUAAUUCCUUCAAAUAUAUCUGUCAAACCAUGCAAAAAUAGAUUGUUAAUUUAAUUAACAUGAACAUUAAUAUGAAUUAUUUUAAUUUUAUGCAUACUGCUUGGUUUUUUUUAUUGUUUAUUUGCAUGUACUACAUGUAAACCUGUGUAUCAUUUUGUACUUUCUACGUAAAAUUAGUAAAAACUAUUUGAAUUACCCACUUUAUAUCAAGAAUAUUAUUGCAUAGCAAUAUAAUAUUUCCCACAGAAAGUAACAAAAAGUUAGAGUGCAAUAAAUCUUUAAAAUUCAUGACGUCAUCAACCAAAAAAUCUUAGUUUAAACCAAUUUUUACUUUCAAAUAUUAUAUUGGUAUACAAUAAAAGGAUUAUUACAUGAAUAUUGGGGAAUAUUGUCUCUCUUAGAACAUAUAUUGCACUCGCAAGCUUGUGCAACAUAAAAUUCAACUCGGGACAACAACCUCAAUAUUCAUGCAAUAACCCUAUAUUAUUAUUAUCAACAUUAUUAAUAUUCUUGUUGUCAAUUUUGGUUAGACUUUUGUAUUUUAAAACUUAUCAAAUAGUGCCAUUUUUUGUUGUCAUAUUGCUUUUUAUAUUUUUAUCACAAGAGUGUCUAAUCCUACAUUUUACUUCAGAUUAGAAUGAAACUUUCAGUUUCUUACUCCCAUGUUUCAUUGUGCCU